AUGACGACCAAGUUACACAGCACGGGCCUGACCGAGGUCAGCGACCAUGAAUCCCAAGGUACCGGUACCCCGGUGAUUGCGUCGGGAUCGCAGCAUCUGCACCGGAAGCUGCGCGGGAAAGAAGUCCAACUAUUUGCGGUCGGAGGGGCCAUAGGCACCUCACUGUUUGUUCAGAUGGGGUCUGUGUUGCCCAAGGGCGGGCCGGCGGGGCUGUUUCUGGGGUUUGUUGCGUACGGGACGAUUAUCUUGGCUGUGAAUCAGUGUUUUGCGGAAAUGGUGUGCUAUUUGCCUAUCCCGUCGCCGUUUGUUCGGCUGGCUGGUCAUUGGGUUGAUGAUGCUCUGGGUUUUGCGAUGGGGUGGAAUUUCUUCUUUACUAUGGCUCUUGGGAUACCCUACGAGAUUGUCGCGCUCAAUGUCCUGCUCACCUACUGGACGGAUCGCGUGCCUGUUGCUGCCGUGGUCGUGAUUGUGAUGGUUCUUUAUGCGAUCUUGAAUAUUCUUACUGUUCGCUACUUUGGCGUGGCCGAGUUCUAUCUCUCGUUCUUCAAGAUCUUCCUGAUGCUCGGCCUGAUUCUAUAUACCUUCAUUACCAUGGUCGGAGGGAAUCCAGACCACGAUGCAUACGGCUUUCGAUAUUGGAAUGAUCCGGGAGCAUUCGUAUCAUACCUCGUUCCCGGCAGCGUCGGUCGCUUCUGCGGCGUUCUCGCCUGCAUGGUGCAAGCAUCCUUCACUAUCAGAAUGGUCGGCCCUGAAUACAUCUCGAUGGCAGCCGGAGAAGCCGAGCGACCGCGUCGCGUCAUGCGCAAAGCCUACUCGUCGUUCGUCUGGCGCCUCAUGCUCUUCUUCAUUCUGGGGGCGCUCUGCAUCGGCAUCGUAAUCCCCUACAACGACCCCAUCCUGGCUGCCACCCUGGCAGGGACCCGAAAAGGCAGCGGGACUGGCGCAGCCUCCCCCUACGUAAUCUCCAUGAACCACUUCAACAUCCCCAUCCUCCCCUCCCUCGUCAACGCCCUCAUCAUGACCUCCGUCUUUUCGGCCGGGAACAACCUGGUCUUCUCCGCGGCCCGCACCCUCCACGGCAUGGCCCUCACGGGCAAAGCCCCCUCCCUCUUCAGCCAUUGCAACCGACACGGCCUGCCUUACCCCGCCAUCCUGGCCUCUCUCUCCUUCUGCGCCCUCGCCUUCCUCCAAGUCAACACCACCUCCGCGACCGUCCUCACCUGGCUCGUGGGGGUCAUCACUGCCUCGUAUUUACUAAACUACCUCGGCACAUGCAUCACGUACCUGCACUUCUUCUCCGCUCUCCACCAACAGAAUGUCUCCCGCGAUACCCUACCAUAUAAAGGAUCCUUCCAGCCCUGGGCAGCCUGGUAUGCCGUGUUCGGAACAGGAAUCAUGACGUUGAUAUUGGGAUUUGAGGUGUUUCUGCAUGGGGAGUGGGAUACUACGACGUUCUUUUUGGAUUAUACGAUGUUAGGGGGACGAGGUGGGUGA